AUGUCAUGCGAAGCUGAUACCACAACAGAAAUAAUCAGAAGAAACAAAGUCAAACAAACACAAACUGAUCUCGACCCUCUUGCUGUAGCUUUGAACAACUUCUACGAAAACCGCGUCCGUUUGGGGCUUGAACGUAAAGAAAUAUGCGAAGAUAUUGCACAAGCCGUGUCGGACAAAAUAUUACGAAAAAUUGAAACUGCGGACAGCAGAUUUCGAGGAAAGAGUGUUGUGAGUCAAGGAAUACCUUACGAUGGCUUGCAAGCAGAGCAAACGAUACAUCUUGAUAUGUUAGUCCAGUUAUCAUUUGGUAAAAGCAGUGCAGUGUUCUUCAGAAAAGACGAAGAUCAAGGUUUGCGUGUUCAACCUGAAUCAAGCACCCUAUGGAAAGAGUGUUUAUCAAGGAAUGGAUUUCUUUCCGCUGAAAAAAUCAAUAAAAUUUUACGUUAUUACGUGGCCAAAGCUGUGAAAGUACUAAAUCGUUAUAUCAGAAAAGGUACAAAAGAGAAACUUCCUAACAGAUUACGCAGUAUUUCCAUGAAAGAUGGAGCGGAAAUCGUGUUAAUUGUAAAUAAAGAUAUUACGAUCAACUUAUUGCCAGCAUUUGUCCUGCCCGACUCACGUCUUGACCCUGGUAGACAGGACUGCCCGAGUUCAUCUCAUGUCGUAUGUCGACCGUGCAUUUAUGAUUCAGCCAGGAAAAUGAAAAUGGUUUGGAAAUGGUGUUUCUUUGUUGCUGAAAAGAACCGUAUUCGAGCUCUAGGGGCACCAAGUUGUCGCGUUCAGUUGUUACGUAUUCUCACUGAGAUCAGGGACACUCACGAAGGACUGCGCAUGCUUUCAUCAUAUCAUUUAAAACACGUGUUAUUCCACGAGACACACCGCUUGAAUGAUGUGAACGUGUGGGCCAGUGAACACAUUUCUGAACGUUUUAAAGAUUUAUUACAACGUCUACUGAGUUUCCUGCAAGAGAGAAACCUGCCACAUUACUUCAUGCAGCCCCCAGAUUUUGAAGCUGUCAAUUUACUUCAAGAUAUUGACAGCGACUCACUGCAGGAAAUGUCCGAGGCUGUUUUCAACAUUCUUCAAGAUCCUUACGAAAGUUUGAGUUGUGAGGGAACUGAGCAACGGCAGUCUUUAUGGCCCUGGGAACUAGAACUAUUAUCUCCUUAA